GAGAGUCCCUAAAAUUUACCUUGGAAUGCUUGGUCGAGGUUCCCAGACCACGAGGCGGAGAACAAUAGUCACCAAUAAUGAGUCACUUGCUCGGCGCGAAAGAAAAAAACGCGGAAUAUCACGCGCGAAAUCACCUAUCAAAAUUUGACCGGCGGGAGAGACCCCGGAAUUUACUCGAUCGGCGAUAAUAGCGUUUUUCAAAUAUUUUCUGGCGAGCUAUUGACAAACAGUGGCUGGAACCGGAGUGCGAGUGAACCAAAUCAGGUACGAUAUGACUCGCACGGCCCUCGAUAGUCCACAUCCUCUUCAAUUUACUGAUGAGCGCAUUUCCCCAACUCCCACGCGGUUCAUUUGCGUCUGAUCGUCCACGCGGUAUGAUCCUUGCUCCAAUUUUCACUCGCGAUCUGCUUCUUCCAUCGCAGGUUUCGAUGAAUACAGUGAAGUGAUAAGUGAUUCCUGACAGGGUGCAUUGGAUUAUUGGCAAUUAUCCUGAGAAAAAAUUUAAACGGUGAUCUACGAAAACCAAAGGAACAUAUUGGACAGGAUUUAUAACCUAUUUCCGGAUUUAACACACAACUAUAUUGCGACUUUUUCGCCGAAAACGGACCCAAAGAGCUAAUCAGGAUGAUAAGGAGCCUCUUCUUGCUCAUAAUUUUCCUGAUCGAAGGACCAAAUAUCACAGCUAACCCCACACUUCCAACAAACUUGCACCGGCUGGUCGUGCCCACGAUUCCUCCACUGAGCUUGACCCGUGAAUCAUACAACGCAACUCUCUCGAUCGCGCCCGAGUCCCUGGAAGGGAUAAUCGGCCGCCGACUCAAGGUCUACGCCUUCUGCAAGGGACAACUUUUCAGUAACUGCAACGACUGCGAGAAAGAGCGAGUUGGGCUCCCUCCGUCGUUUCCGGAGCUUCAGGGAUGGUACAAAAACAAACACUGCACCAUCGGGAAAGUCUGUCAGUCGAGUGCCGACUGGUUCGGCACUGGCGAUUGCACGGGCCUCGACGCUCAGAGAUGCCACGAGGAAGGCCCGUUCGAGGAGGUCGUCGAGGGCGGACUCCGGCAGCUGAAAGACGACAAGGGUUGCUACACGAGCGCUCUCCACGACACGUGCACCCAGGACUUCGCGUGCUCCCUCGAGAGCAAUCGCUACCCGGUGCAUCUCUUCACGGACGACGAGUCCGUCCGGGCCAAAAUAGUGCUCCCGGACGACAGAGCCUACACCCUCAACUGCACAGCUCACAAGAUCUACAUACCGCUGGACAGCGCGUCGAGUCUCGCCUUCUUCCCGGAGCCCAGGUUCGAGAUCAAACAAUACAACAUCAAAGUCAGCUGUUACAAGAAGUUCGGCACUGACCCACUGUGCCAGCUACCCCAGGACCCCAACUUCCCCGACCUGGCCAACACGAUCAUCCAGCUGAACGAGGGCAGGGAUGCCGGGUCGGUGAGGAACGUCCACCUGAAGGUACACCAACUCAUAUUCGAGAUCCCUGAUAAUAACAAGGUCUACUUGCCGAACUCCAGCGUCAAGUCCGUCGCCCGGCGGAGGCGCGAAAUCCUCCAACGGAUCCCCGAGCUGAGAUCCCUGGAGAACGCAGUCUUCUACGUGGCUCACGAGUCCGCCUACAACGACUUCAACAUCAUCAAGUCCGUCGACAACGUUCGCAACGUCCUCAUCCAGUUGUUGAAGUCCGUCUCUUACAGGGAUCCUGAGGUUCUGGGCAGGGUCUUGGGACACAACCGGCAGACCUCUUGGUUCUCCGAGAACCUGUUCGCGUUCCGCGACGAGAACUUCGAGACGGCGGCCGACCCGAACUCGAACUGCAACGAGCGGGGGCAGAUCUUCAAGGACGGCAGCUUCGUCAAGAGGAUGAAAGGCGAUCUGUGUUACGAGGCGGCUGACGUGUCGUCCAAAGUCGAAAACAUCAACCUCUUCGAGGACUCUCCCUACGUCUUCUCGGACGUGAGCAUCCAGAAGUUCGUGACGCGUCUGGGUAAAGCUUCUCAACCCUCCGGACAAAAAUCCGAGUGGUAUGCUGAAUCCCCGUGGUAUUCCAGAAGAAAGGAGAGCGAAGAAAGAGAUAAAUCUCAAAUCAGCAAAACCAAAAUGUUCUUGCAAGAGAGUGGUUACGUGAUUGCGUGGAGUCUUUUCGCCUUGCACUUGUACAAGAUUUUCAAGGAGAUGAACACCUUCCACUUCGUGUGUUUGACGGUUGGGUUCUGCGCGUGGAUAUAUGUCUGUUUCUUGCACCCUCAAAUUAAAAGGAUUGCAAACACUUUUUACUGAGUUGACCUGAGGGUGAUAAGUGCCAAAAUAGUUCACUGUGAUCUAGAGUACUCUUUAGAAGGUCGAGUAGAACAUUCGGAGUCUCUAUUACAGUGCGCGGCUCCCUGGGGAUUCCCUGAUGAAGUGCAAAACAUGUACGUAUUCCAAAACACACUGAUAACUAUUUCGAGUUUGUGGGUUUGGGUGGUGUGUUUAUUUCGGUAAUUUAUCCGAAGAUAUUUUUUAUAUACUGAAUGGAGAUGUUGCAUGUGUGAGGA